ACUUCCGCCAGAUCGAGGGGUGCGCAGACGAGCGACACAAGGUCGUUACUGCAGCGGUUAAACAUGAUGUCCAUAGCUGCCCGCUCAGGGGUGUUUUCCCCUUACAUGCAGGCCACCGCUUUCGCAGUUGCGGGGCCUCUGAAAGCUCUUGUACCUGGGGUUGUUGUAAAGGGAGAGAAUAUUCUGUUGAACCCGAAGAAAAAGUUUCUGUGUCGCGAGUCGCUAAAUGGUCAAAGCCCAAAGACAGGCCCUGCUGUGACAGUUAGCAUCAAUGGAUCUGCAGGAGUCAGAUUUGCUCAUACAGACAUCACAGUACCAGACUUUUCUGACUACAGGCGUCCAGAGGUGCUUGACCCCAACAAGUCAUCUCAGGACAGCAGUGAAUCCAGGAGAACCUUCUCUUACCUGGUUACUGGGGCGACAGCGGUGGUGAGCGUCUAUGCUGCCAAGACGGUGGUCACUCAGUUUGUUUCUUCCAUGAGUGCCUCAGCUGAUGUCUUAGCUAUGUCCAAGAUAGAAAUCAAACUGAGUGACAUCCCUGAAGGCAAGAACAUGACCUUCAAGUGGCGAGGCAAACCACUGUUUGUUCGUCACCGCACAGAGAAGGAAAUCGCUACAGAGGCUGCUGUCAGCCUCACAGAGCUGCGAGACCCUCAGCAUGAUAAGGACAGAGUCAUCAGCCCCAGCUGGGUCAUCGUGCUGGGAGUGUGCACACAUCUGGGAUGUGUACCCAUCGCCAAUGCCGGCGAGUACGGCGGCUACUAUUGCCCCUGCCAUGGCUCGCACUAUGAUGCCUCUGGCCGCAUCAGGAAAGGCCCCGCCCCCCUCAACCUGGAGGUACCUUACUACGAGUUUCCAGAUGACAACACAGUGAUCGUGGGAUAAAUGGCACUCACAAGACUGAGAUGGCUUUGUGCUUCAGUUGUCAGUCCAUCACACGUGUAUUCAGGUGCAUUCAGCUGUUUUAGUGAGAAGAUGUUGAGGUGUUCGAAGGGUUUAGUUCCUUUCAACAGCUCGCUCAAACAUGAGAGCACCUCUGCUCUGUCUUAUAUAAUGCCAUAAAGGCACAUUACACAUUAAAAACAAGUAGGAGGUGCUCUCAGUGUUUAUUUGAGUUAUGCAUUCAGACAGUUGACUAGACUUUGAAAACUUCAUAGUCUUCUUUUUUCCUUUCCUGAGUACAACUUGAACAUGAUAAACAUCUUGAGUGAUAUUCCAUCUAGCUCUGGAGAACAAAUGUAUUCAGAUUUGGAUAAUAAAGAUUUAAUUUUAUUUGACA